AUGUAUUUCAUUCUGUUAAUUAUAUUACAAAUAAUAACGACUUCCAUAGCUGAAGAACCAAAUAUUCUCAUCUCCACUCCCCAACGUAUUGCCAGCUUCAAUUAUCCCGUGGAGUCCCAUGAGGUCAAGACAGCAGAUAACUAUCUUCUUACUAUGUUUCGCAUUCCCUACUCUCCAAAAAACCUACACUUGAAUGAUUCCAAGCCGCGACCGGUGUUCCUCAUUCAACAUGGCAUGUCAACAUCCACCGACUCAUUCAUAUUAAAUGGUCCUGAUAAUGCUCUGGCGUAUGUCCUUGCGGAUGCCGGUUACGAUGUUUGGAUGGGAAACCAUCGUGGUAAUGUCUAUAGCAGAAAACACAUUAAACUAUCACCUGAUGAAUCGGACUUCUGGAAGUUUUCGUGGCAUGAACUGGGUAUAUUUGAUAUGCCAGCGAUGAUAGAUUAUGUCCUUGGGAAAACUAAUCAGGAUCAGUUACAUUUUAUUGGUCAUUCUCAGGGAGCAACAGUUUUCUUUGUUCUUCUAUCCGAACUUCCAAAAUACAAUGCAAAGUUCAAGACUUCGUUUAUGUUAGCACCAAUAGCAUUUGUUGGACAUAUAAAGAGCCCCAUAGGAUUUAUUGCAUCAUCUGUUCUACAUCAAUCCCCAAUAUUGAGUCACCUUCUUGAGGGGCUUGAAUUUCUACCUAUGAUUGAGCCAGUUUCGAUGUUGGGAUCUGAAUUGUGUGCUGUGGGAUCAUGGUUUCAAUGGGUUUGUGCUGGUCUUCUAUUUAUACUUGGAGGUUGGGACUCAGAGCAUUUGAAUUAUACUCUUUUGCCACAAGCUAUUGAAACACAUCCUGCUGGCUGUUCAACUGGUCAAGCUAUUCACUAUUUACAAGAACACAAGUCUGGCUAUUUUAGAAAAUUCGACCACGGGAAACAGAAUAAUCUAAGAUUCUAUGGUCAGAUAACUCCACCAGAUUAUAACAUUUCAAAUAUUAUCACUCCAGUUCGUGUGUACUAUAGCGACAAUGACAAAAUGGCUCCAGUAGUUGAUGUAAAGAAAAUCGAAAAAUUACUUCCAAAUCUAGUUGAAAGCUACAAUGUACCUGUGAAAACAUGGACCCAUGUUGAUUUUGUGUUUGCCUUAGAAGUUAAGGAACUUAUUUAUGAUAAAAUUAUAGAAACGGCAAAUUAUUACGAGAAAACCGGGCAACAGUUGAAAUAG